AUGGAGGCCACUACAGCCGAGAUUAAGACCAUGGAUGAGUCUAUCCAGACCACAGUGUUUGACUAUGAGAAUUCACUGCCAUGUGAAAAAGUCAACAUUAAGCACCUGGGAGCCCAGUUCUUGCCUCCACUGUAUUCCCUGGUGUUCGUGAUUGGUCUGCUGGGCAAUGUGGUGGUGGUGGUGAUCCUCACAAAAUACAAGAGACUCUGGAUUAUGACUAACAUCUUCCUGCUCAAUUUGGCCAUUUCUGACUUGCUCUUUCUAUUCACUCUGGUAUUCUGGAUUCAUUAUACUGGAUGGAAUGAUUGGGUUUUUGGCCAUUCCAUGUGUAAGCUCAUCUCUGGGCUUUAUUACUUGGGCUUAUACGGUGAGAUCUUUUUCAUCAUCCUGCUGACCAUAGACCGGUACCUGGCCAUCGUCCAUGCUGUGUUUGCCCUUCGAGCCCGGACUGUCACUUUUGGUAUCAUCACGAGUGUUCUCACCUGGGGCCUGGCAGGGCUAGCAGCCCUCCCUGAAUUUAUCUUCCACGAGUCCCAAAAGGAGUCUGAACAGUUUGUCUGCACGCCUCUCUACCCAAAAGACCAAGAAGACAACUGGAAGCGUUUCCAUGCUCUGAGAAUGAAUAUCCUGGGUCUUGCUCUGCCUCUGCUCAUCAUGGUUGUCUGCUACUCUGGAAUUAUUAAAACGUUGCUGAGAUGCCCCAGUAAGAAAAAGUACAAGGCCAUCCGGCUCAUUUUUGUCAUCAUGGUAGUCUUUUUCAUUUUCUGGACACCCUACAACCUGGUCCUCCUACUUUCUGCUUUUCAAACAAUCUUUUUUGAGACCACUUGUGAGCAGAGCAAACAGCUGGACGUGGCCAUGCAGAUCACGGAGGUGAUUGCCUAUACACACUGCUGUAUCAACCCCAUUAUCUACGCAUUUGUCGGGGAGAGGUUCCGGAAGCACCUCUGCCACUUCUUCCGCAGGAAUGUGGCCACCUACCUGGGCAAAUACAUCCCGUUCCUUCCCAGCGAGAAAUUAGAGAGAAGCAGCUCUGUAUCCCCAUCAACAGGAGAGCAGGAAUUCUCAUUUGUAUUUUAA